GCCCCCUCCUCCUCCUCCUCCUCCACCUCCCACCUGGAUUUUGGAGGGAAGAUCGGAGCAAUCUUCUGGCUGCUCUUCCUGCCAGCCUGGGUUCUGUUUCUGAUCCUCCAAGUCAACCAGGAGGAUCCAAGUCUGACAAACUUUCCUCGUGCUCUGCCUUCGCUCCAAACCUUCUGGGAUUUCCAAGCAUUUGGCUUCGUCCUCCUCUGGAUCCUUUUCCAGGCUCUGCUUUACAUUUUACCUGUUGGACAGCUGAGUGAAGGCAUGCCCCUGAGGUCCGGAGAGAAGCUCAGAUACAGAACCAAUGGGUUUUUUGCCAUGGUGGUCAGUGCUGUGUUGGUGGCAGCAGCAGUGUACCACGGUGUAGACCUGACCUACAUCCACAGCCACUUCCUGCAGCUGGCCACGGCCUCCUUCCUCGUCUCCCUGCUGCUCAGCAUCUACCUGUUCAUCCGCUCGCGCUCUGCCGGCCCCGAGCAGCGGGCUCUGGGUGGAAACUCAGGUAACGUGGCCUACGAUUUUUUCAAAGGACGUGAGCUCAAUCCACGCAUCAACAACUUUGAUCUGAAAUUUUUCUGUGAAAUGCGUCCUGGACUCAUCGGCUGGUGUUUAAUUAACUUGGCCAUGGCUCUGGCUGAGAUGAAGCAGCAGGGUCUGGAUGCUCCGUCACACUCCAUGAUCCUGGUGAACGUCUUCCAGCUGCUGUAUGUGACGGACGGCCUGUGGAACGAGGAGGCCAUCCUCACCACCAUGGACCUGAUGCAUGAUGGUUUUGGCUUCAUGUUGGCUUUUGGAGAUCUGGUGUGGGUUCCCUUUACUUACACCCUGCAGGCGUAUUACCUGGUGGGUCACCCAAACCCCCUGAGCCCCCCGCUCCUCACAGCCAUCAUCCUUCUCAAACUUGUUGGAUUCUACAUCUUCAGGAAGUCCAACUCAGAGAAAAAUGCCUUCAGGAGGAACCCGUCGGACCCCAAACUGUCCCACCUGAAGACCAUCCCCACAGCUACAGGGAAGAGUCUGCUGGUGUCAGGCUGGUGGGGCGUGGUCCGCCACCCCAACUAUCUGGGAGACCUGGUCAUGGCUCUGGCCUGGUCCCUCCCCUGUGGCUUCUCCCACCUCCUGCCGUGGUACUACAUGAUUUACUUCAUCAUUCUGCUCGUGCACAGAGACUCACGUGACAUGAGCGAGUGCAGGAGGAAGUACGGCUCAGCGUGGGACGAGUACUGCCGGACCGUGCGCUACCGGAUCAUUCCUGGUGUGUACUGAGGGAGCAGAGCUGACACCGCUCAGAGCCCUUUCACACACACUUCCACUUUUUAUAAGAAGAACUGUUUUAGUUUGAAAAUCUCACAUCUGGAUUGACAUAAAUUUAUGAUGGAUAAAAAGACUCAUAUUUUAGACUUAUUUUUUUAGGAACGACCCUUUUUUAAUGGUAAAGACUUAAAAACGACAACUUGAAAAAGUUUACAAAAUAGUGAAAAUUUGAAGAAAAAAAUUUAUUUUGUAGGAAUGACUUGUUAGGACGUACUGUAUAUUUUUGUAUAUACACAUUUGUUUUUAUACUUGGAAAAAUUACACCCCUCAAAACUUUCUAUAUCUUUUUUUUAACAGUUUAUUUUUGGUUUAUGUUUUUAAACUGCUUCCAUAUCAGCUUGGCUAUUAUGAGAUAACUCUGUACGCUUUUUUUAUUUUUUAUUUUUGAUAAAAGGUGCAGUGAAACUAUGACUUCUCAGGACCUGGGACUUUGUCUGAAUUGAACCAGGAGUUUUGUCUUGAUUCUUUUGUUCAUAAUUUUACACAGAAAUCAUCUAGUUUUGACUUGUGAGUGUGAAAUGAUUUUAGGUUUCUGAGAAAUGCACUAUUGUGUUUUUGUUUGAUUCCAAAGCGUAUUUAAUUUGGCUUGGCUACCUCAGGUUAACUCACUGUCCUGUUCUUCCUGCUCAGUGCCUCUAGGUGGCAGUGUGUGCGAUGAGUUCACACAGUUCAGUGUGUCCUCCAGUGUCACAGGGAUGUAGAAAACGUGGCUACGACUUCAGCCUUUGUUUUAAAUCUACCUGUAAAUUGUUCUGGUAGUCUCUGCAAAGUGUUUCUGUUUGCCACACAUUAUUUGAUCAGGGCUCAUACACCGUCGAGGAAAAAUCUGGAAUUUACUUUUAGUGUUUUAGGACUGAAAAGUCUGGAGAAACUUCCAGAUGUUUGUUUCCUUAAGAUUAAACAAGGUUUUAAACCAGCUCUUAUUUUGUUCAACUUUGCUUCCUGAAUUUGGCACUUUGGAAGUAAAAACAUGUAAUGAAGUAUGA